AUGCCAAUUACUAAAGUUCACGCCCGCCAAAUCUUUGAUUCUCGUGGCAACCCUACUGUUGAAGUAGACCUUACCACUGAGAAAGGUGUUUUCCGCGCUGCUGUGCCUUCUGGUGCCUCAACUGGAGUUCAUGAAGCUUUAGAACUCCGUGAUGGUGUCAAAACGGAUUAUGUUGGCAAGGUUACCAAUGUCAAUGAGAAAAUCGCUCCAGCAUUAGUUAAAGCCAAUUUGGAUGUAAAAAAUCAAAACGCUGUUGACAACUUUCUCUUGCAAUUGGAUGGUACCAAGAAUAAAUCAAAUCUUGGGGCUAAUGCAAUUCUAGGUGUUUCACUUGCGGUUGCCAAAGCUGGAGCCGCAGAAAAGGGCAUUCCGCUUUAUCGGCAUAUCUCUGAGCUUGCUGGAAGUAAACAACCAUUUGUUCUUCCAGUUCCAGCUUUUAAUGUAAUUAAUGGAGGAUCUCAUGCUGGUAAUAAACUUGCCAUGCAAGAAUUUAUGAUCCUUCCAACUGGCGCUAAAUCUUUUUCCGAAGCCAUGAAAAUUGGUUCAGAAGUUUAUCAUUCUUUGAAGUCUGUGAUCAAAGCUAAAUAUGGUCAAGACGCUACUAAUGUAGGAGAUGAAGGAGGCUUUGCUCCAAAUAUCCAAGACAACAAAGAAGGUCUUGAAUUGCUCAAGGUAGCUAUUUCAAAAGCUGGUUACACUGAUAAAGUGAAAAUCGGUAUGGAUGUAGCUGCCUCUGAAUUUUAUAAAGAAGGAUCUUAUGAUUUGGACUUUAAGAACAAGGAUUCUGAUAAAUCUAAAUGGCUUUCUGGAACUGAACUUGCUAAAUUAUAUAUUGAAUUUAUUAAUGAAUAUCCGAUUGUUUCGAUUGAAGAUCCUUUUGACCAAGAUGAUUGGAAUGCUUGGAGUCAUCUUGUUUCUUCAGUGGACAUUCAGAUUGUUGGUGAUGAUUUGACUGUUACUAAUCCUGAAAGAAUUACUACAGCCAUUGAGAAAAAGUCUUGUAAUGGACUUCUUUUGAAAGUUAAUCAAAUUGGCGAUGGAUGGGGUGUUAUGGUUUCUCAUCGUUCAGGCGAAACCGAGGAUACCUUUAUUGCAGAUCUGGUUGUAGGUCUUCGUACUGGACAAAUUAAAACCGGAGCACCUUGUCGUUCUGAACGUCUAGCAAAAUAUAAUCAGUUAUUACGUAUUGAAGAAGAAUUAGGUUCUGAAGCAAUUUAUGCCGGUGAAAAAUUUAGACAUGCUCAUCUAUUGUAA